AACGUGCAGUAAGUUGUGCAAUGCCAUUCCCCGCGACGCGCUAGAGGCUGCAGCGCUGCCGUCCAGCCAUAACAUAUCAAAGCGCCGCCGCUGCCGCCGUCCUCAUCGUCGCCGCGAGUGAAACAAGAAAAGCAAAAUAUGCAAUUUUUUAUAAAUUGUCACAAAUUGUGUUGGUGUUGUUGUGCUCAAAAAGUAGCCAUGUGUUUAACAAGUGCACGUUUUGUUAAGUGAAAUGCUAAGAAAGCGCGCUGGGGCGCACAAGAUAACAACAAAGAGCAGAGGCAGAGGCGCUGCUGCGGUCAGUGUAGCAACUACAACAACGACAACAAGCAGCAGCAGCGCAGCCGAAGAUGCAAUUGUGUGGCCUAACAACGACAAUUGACUAACCCUAAGCCACCUUUAUCACCUAACCAACAAAACCAAAUUAAAAUCCACAGUGCACCACUAAACAGCACCACAGUCCAUACCACCACUACCACAAAAAGUAGUAGCAGUAACAACAACAACAACAGCAGGAGCAUCGUCAUCAACUAUCAAAAUGCAGGCCAAAAAACGCUACAUACUUGUCUUCGUCUCGUGUGCGUUUCUCGCAUAUUGCUACUUUGGUGGGUACCGCCUGAAAGGGGCGCCGCACCGACCACGUCGGGCACAGCACGAAUCCGCAAAGGAUGGGGGUGUACAACCCUACGCUCAGUUGCCUAACUAUUUGGGAAGCCAUGAGCUACAGCCCCUAUCCAAUAAAACGAAUGCAACAGUCAAGCGUACGGUCGCCUGCCGCAUGGAAACCUGUUUUGAUUUCACGAAAUGCUAUGAUCAGUUCCUGGUUUACGUGUACCCCCCAGAGCCGCUAAAUUCGCUGGGCGCAGCACCGCCUACCUCAGCUAAUUAUCAAAAGAUUCUCACUGCCAUACAAGAGUCGCGCUAUCACACCAGCGACCCCGCCGCAGCCUGUCUCUUUGUACUAGGCAUAGAUACAUUAGAUCGUGACUCGCUGUCCGAGGACUAUGUGCGCAAUGUGCCCUCUCGCCUAGCGCGUUUACCCUACUGGAAUAAUGGACGCAAUCACAUAAUCUUUAACUUAUACUCGGGUACUUGGCCGGACUACGCUGAGAACUCUCUGGGCUUCGAUGCCGGGGAGGCUAUUCUAGCCAAGGCUAGCAUGAGUGUGCUCCAGAUGCGUGCCGGCUUUGAUGUUAGUAUUCCGCUAUUCCACAAGCAAUUCCCAUUGCGCGCGGGUGCCACCGGAGCCGUUCAAUCGAAUAAUUUUCCCGCCAAUAAGAAGUACUUGUUAGCGUUCAAAGGCAAGAGAUAUGUGCAUGGGAUUGGAUCAGAAACACGCAAUUCGCUCUUCCAUUUGCACAACGGACGCGACAUGGUGUUGGUCACCACAUGUCGCCAUGGAAAAAGCUGGCGAGAGCUGCAGGACAAUCGCUGUGAUGAGGAUAAUCGCGAAUAUGAUAGAUACGACUACGAAACAUUGCUGCAAAAUUCCACGUUUUGUUUGGUGCCGCGUGGUCGUCGCUUGGGCUCCUUCAGAUUUCUCGAAGCAUUGCAGGCCGGCUGUAUACCCGUGCUAUUAUCCAAUGCAUGGGUACUGCCUUUCGAAACAAAAAUCGAUUGGAAACAGGCGGCCAUUUGGGCCGAUGAGCGCCUCUUGCUGCAGGUGCCUGAUAUCGUGCGCUCAAUAAGCGCGGAACGCAUUUUCGCCUUACGCCAGCAAACCCAAGUGCUUUGGGAACGUUAUUUUGGCUCUAUCGAGAAAAUCGUCUUCACAACGUUCGAGAUCAUCCGCGAACGUCUCCCCGAUUAUCCUGUACGCAGCAGCCUCGUGUGGAACAGUUCGCCAGGCGCUCUACUCACGCUGCCCACGUUCGCCGACAGUUCUAGAUUUAUGCCAUUUCUACUGAAUUCCAUGGGUGCCGAGCCGCGUCACAACUACACAGCCGUUAUAUAUGUGCAAAUAGGCGCUGCCUUGGGUCCGAAUGCUGCGCUCUACAAGCUAGUCAAGACCAUUACGAAGAGUCAAUUUGUGGACAGGAUACUCGUUCUUUGGGCAGCAGACAGACCCAUGCCGCUGAAGAAACGCUGGCCACCCACAUAUCAUAUACCGCUGCAUGUGAUUGCCCUCGGGGGCAAUGGACGCGGUACUGCUGGGGCCGGCUCUGCCGUUGGCGGGGGCGGAGCCUUGCCCACUAGUCGCUCACAUAAUGCCGGCAUGGGAGCAGCCACCGGUGACUCCCCCAGCCCCGCCAAUUCGGAGACCCUGACUGAUAGCCGCCCAAGCAUAUCACAACGCUUUCUGCCCUACGAUGAGAUUCAAACAGAUGCCGUCCUCUCCCUCGACGAGGAUGCCAUUCUCAAUACGGACGAGCUGGACUUUGCCUAUACCGUGUGGCGGGACUUUCCCGAACGCAUUGUGGGCUACCCAGCGCGUGCGCAUUUCUGGGACGAUUCCAAGAAUGCCUGGGGCUACACAUCCAAGUGGACAAACUACUAUUCCAUUGUGCUGACGGGCGCCGCCUUUUACCACCGCUACUACAACUACUUGUACACCAACUGGCUGUCGUUGCUGCUACUUAAGACUGUACAGCAGUCCUCCAACUGCGAGGACAUCCUAAUGAACCUGCUGGUCUCGCAUGUGACCAGGAAACCGCCGAUCAAAGUGACGCAGCGCAAGGGGUACAAGGACCGGGAGACGGGUCGUUCGCCGUGGAAUGAUCCAGACCACUUUAUUCAGCGACAGAGCUGUCUAAAUACAUUCGCAGCGGUCUUUGGCUAUAUGCCGCUGAUACGGUCCAACUUGCGCAUGGAUCCCAUGCUAUAUCGCGAUCCAGUUUCCAAUUUGCGCAAGAAAUAUCGCCAGAUAGAGUUGGUCGGCAGCUAGCGAUAUGUGAACAAUGGCAAUAGCUACAAGCGUUAAGGGAGUACUGAGAAUUACCAGCCCACACACACACACACACACAUACAUCAACGCCGACCCCGAACCCGACCCCGAGCCCGACACCCACAUUCAUCCAUAUAGUACAUAUAUCAAUAUCGGGAAAGAGGAGAGAACAUCAGCAGCUGUUGUUUUGAGGGCGCUUUACAAGCGCCGCAAACUAUGUUAAUUAUUAUUAGUAGCAAAAAGAUUUAGUUAGGAUUUAAAUCAAGCGUAUGUGUAUGUGUAUUAACUAUAACUAAUAAGCAUUCAGCGUUGCAAUUAUAUACAUAUACAUAUAUAUAGUAUACAUAUAUUAUGCAUAAUGUACAUAAAUUAAAUAUGUAUAGCAUUAGCUUUAGUUAUCGAGCGCGGCAGUAGCUACAUAUAUACUCGCGCAUACAUACAUACGUAGAGAACGAUAAUGAUGAUGCUGAUGAUGAAGACGACGGUGAUUAUAAUCAUGAUGUUGUUAAUAAUGAUAAUGUUGCCAUUUUCGCUAAUUUCAAAUUAGUGCAGCAAAUUUUUGGAUAUAAGUAGUCUAUACCAACUGUAUGGGGAGAUGCAGUUUAUGUGUCUGUAUCCGUAUCUGUGAAUUUUGUACUCAAUGACGUGUUUGUUUGUUUUCAGUGGAUUUGUGCGUGUGUCCCAUAUACAUGUAUGUAAAUGUUUGUAUGUAAAACUGUUGUAACUAUUAAUGUAUGUACUAUCUUCUUAAAUAUAUGUAGUUAGCGCCAUAAUGUCUUCUGCAAAGCCGCAAGCCAUUUUAUUUUUUAAAUAUGAAUAAUUCUAUUGGUUUGCUACGUAGCUGCUGGCAAUUUUAAUUUAAAUUUAGCCUAAGAAGAGAAGCAGUGCGCACAAAAUGCAUUAAAACGGCUCCAAACUGUCGCUUCUUAGCUUAUCAAUUUUUAAUGUGCAAUAACAUUUGCAAUUUCCAUUUUCUGUGCCACUCUACGGCGCCUUAGUUUUAUUCUCACUGAUCAUUCAGUUUUAGUUUGUGGCCAUUUAUAUCGUGUAAUCAACUACAAUACAAUACAAUAUACAUACAUAUGCUCUUAUAUACAUAUACAUACAUACAUACCUACCUAUACAUAUGACGGAGUUAGCUUUUAGUUUAAUUGAUACGUACAUUUAUACAUGCCACUUACUAUAUCUAUCAAUCUAUGUAUGUGUGUGCAAGGGCACGCACGUGUGUGUAUGAAAGAAAUCUAUAUAUUAUAUAUUUUUACAAAAACAAAAAUACAAAAUACAUAUAAGUUGUAAGAUGGGAAA